AUUCAAAAACGGGAGAUGGAAACGUGUGAUGGACGCUGCAACCGAGGAGGAUUAUGAGGCUGCUGUAGAGAUGAUGAAACUGAAAUGGGCAAGUUAUCCAACGGUGAUAGAGUAUGUUGAGAGGACUUGGCUUUGUCAUAAAAUGAAGUUUGUGACAUUUUGGACAAACCAAGUUCUUCAUUUUGGCAACACAAGCACAUGUAGAGUUGAGAGCCAGCAUUCGGCCGUCAAGAUGUGGUUUGAUUCUUCGACAGGUUCUUUGGAUACCGUAUGGGCCCGAGUUCAUUGUCACAUUGGUAAUCAGAUCAUCGCUAUUCGCAAUGAUUUGGAGGCACGUGAAACAAGUUCGUGUCUGGCUGCCAUCUCUCAAAAAAAGCAGAAAUCAGGGGCCAGUCAAAUCGCCGGAACAUGAUCCCGGGUAAGUGAGAUAGACCACUGCCAUCAAUCAGUUCCAGGUGCUCCUGCGGAAGACGAGCGCGCCAGUUACCCAACUCAGUACACAACUGUGUCCUGCUCAAACACCGCAGAACAUUUCUCUCCUGGCCACCCCAUAGAUAUGCAACCACGUGACCCCCAAAACUAGGAAUGACAGUACCAUCCUCAGGCCCACCUGGCAUCGGCCCCCGAACCACCCAUGACUCAGACGAGCUGGUAGAACCUUCACCUGGUUCACUACUACUACCAUAUCUCCCAUGGUCACCCCUAUACACAACACGGUAAUCCUGAGGGUCGUACUCUGAAUCUCGACUAGCAUGACUAGCUCGCUCAUCGUCGUCCUCUUCGUCAGAUACAGAAACUCUACCCGACGAGUACAUGGGGGCGCUCAUGUCUGACUGAUGCUCCCCCGACCAAGUACGAGCAGACCCGUACUGCUGCUCACGGUGAAACGGUGCCUCCGAAGGUCCUGCACCACCUAACUCCCUCCUAACUGAUGCAUUCAAACGUCUCGAUCUUGCAUGUCGAGCGCCCGAACCCUCAAUCUGCAUUAAAUAAGUAGAAUAUAUAAUUUCAUUAAUAGUUACACACACAACUACGAUAUCAACCUUGAAUCGUUAAUAUUCCAAUUCAAAAAUAAUAGCAACAAUACAUAACAAUUACAAUAAAUGAAAAAACAAAUUAAAUAAACAUAAC